GGCGAAUGGCGGUCCCCAUCGAGCGCAUCCAGGCGCUGCUCAAGCAGCAGCCGCGGGCCAAGGCCUCGGGCGGGCGCAAGCUGCUGCCAUGGUCGCCGACCGAGUGGACGGCGUGGCAGAAGACGCCCAUGUUCGGCGCCGUCGUGAAGAACCUCUUGCCCGUGCGCGCGCCGCUGGCACCGCUCUACGAGAUCCACUACGACGAGUCGUUUGCGGGUGGGAGCCCGAGCGACCUCAUGGAAGGCCUCAUCCAGAAGAGCGCGCGCGGCGACCGCAUCAAUGUCACGACGGUCAUUGACGCGUCGGGCAAUGGCUGCUACUACCACGACGCACGAGAAUGGGACGACUGGGACGUUCAGUGCGUCAAGCUCCCGCCAUUCGAAGACGACGUGCCGCCCAAGGCCAUCGUCAAGGCCUUCUGCGACGCGGUGCAGAAGCACGUCGCGGCCAACGAGCCCGACACGCACGUGGCUGUGUUUGGCGGCUACGGCUACAACGUCGCGGGCUUUCUUAUCGUGAGCUACCUUGUCGAGCAUGGCAACAUGCAUCUCCUCGAAGCCAUCGACUUGUACAAGAAGACGAAUGCGCCUGGCAUCUACUCGGUACCGUGCCUCCAGGCGCUCUACCGACGCUACUACGCGAUGCUCAAGUCGCCCGAGUCGCGCUUGUCCGUGCCAGCGCCGCCGUCAUGGGACACGUCCGCAGCACAUGUCGAUCCGUCCUUGACGAUCGGCAGCGAAGUGCUCACGGACGACGACAAGGCGACGCCCUUCGUGCGGUCGGCCGCACUUGUGGUGGCCCAGCCCGUCGUCGCUGCCGCUGCUUCCGCCCCCGUGGUGCACCGGCCGAAAGCUUUCGCGCCACCGCCCUUUGCGCCGCCUCCGUACGUGCCGCCGCCGGCGCCCGUCGAGGUCGCCAAGACCAAGAAGCGCAAGAUCCGCACGUGGGAAGACGACGUCGAGCCAUUCCCGUUCGGCACGCCCGUGCCCGAGGACUCGAAGGAGCACGAAAAACUUGUCUCGGUCGUGCAGCAGCUCACGGGUGUCGACGGCUUUCCCGGCAGCGAGACCAUGUCGCUGACCAAGAUUCACAUUCGCGACCCUGCGCUCGACAAGCCGGGGUCGCUCACCAAGUCGUACCUCGUGACGUGGCGGGCCCGCGGGAUCCGGUGCCUCCUCCUCGGGCUCAAGGACGGUGUCUACCUCGUGUCGCGGCGCAUGACAUUCACCAAGGUCAACGUCAAGCUGCCCCGGAAGCGUGCGUUGCAUGAGAAUACAGACAUGACGCUCGUCGAUGGUGUCCUCGUCCAAGAUCAAGACGGCGACACCGUCGUGCCACGCUACUUGGCCUACGAUAUCAUCGCGUGGGAGAACACGCCGGUGUGGAAAGGCAAGCUCGAGAAGCGGCUGCAGUGUCUGCAGAACGAGAUCAUUUUGCCGCGGAAGAGCGACAAGCACCUCGACUUGGAGGCCGAGCCGUUCCGGGUGCGCAUGAAGGAUCACUUUCGACUCGAGAAGGCCGAGCACGUCUUGCGCACCUUCAUCCCGCGCAUCACGCACGACGUCGAGGGGCUUAUUUUCACGCCCAAGAACGCGCCGUACGGCGUCGGCGGCUACGAGUGCGACGAGCCGCAGUUCAAGUUUGUCGUCGACAGUGCGGCCAGCAUGAUGGGUGGCCUCGACGGCAGCCUCACCGAGAACCAGCUCCUCCAGUACAUCAAGAGCAUCCCGUAAAUGUUGCAAGACGACCAAUGAUGAUGCUUCAUUGACGUAGAGUAGGCUGGAAAAUACAACACCCAA